ACAAUAACAACAAUAACAGCGUCAUGGAGUACAAUAUAUUGAAACACAUGCGACAAAGGCAUCACCAGCAACAACCCACACAUCAUUUUUUAACGGUUAAAUUCUACUUAGCGAUAGUGUUAAUUAUAACAUUACACACAACAGAUGUGUUAGGUUCAACACUGGGUGCGAAAUGUCAACACGAUAUGGAUUGUACAGAUUUCAUUAAGGGUUCAUCAUGUUCGGCACAGGGCUAUUGUGAAUGUGCACCUUAUUAUGUACAAUAUAAUACAACAACAUGUCUGUCAUCUCAACUUCUGGGUGGUGAUUGUACACUCAACGAACAGUGUACCAUGAAAGUGUCCAACAGCAGUUGUCUGGAUGGUGCCUGCCGUUGUGUAGAAGGUUUCCUACAAUUCCGCAAACACACAUGUCUUGGACCUGCUCCACCUGGUUCUGUCUGUUACAGUCAUGCCCAUUGUCAAAUGUUCAAUACUCGCACCCAUUGUGAUUUCUUAAUCCCCAAUCUUUUCGGCCGUUGCCAAUGUACCGCUCCUGCCAAACUUAAGGCUGGUUUGUGUGUAGACAGUACAAUUGAGGAAGCCCAGCCUCCAGUACCCCAGACUACAACAACUACUACUUCCACUACCACUACACAAGCCCCCAUUAAGGAAACUGAAGCUCCUGUUUAUAAUGUGCAAGAACCAGAAAUUGUAGCUCCCCAGCAACAAAUUUUAGCUGAUCCCAUAAUAGAAGAACAGCCAGCUGUUACACCAGUUCUAGCUGAUCCCGUUAAACAACAACCUCAAGAGGAGCAAGAAGAAAACUCGAAUGUUUCGGUAGAAGAACAAGAAUGGGAAGAUGAUAAAGAUAUUGUGCAGCCAACUUCAAAAACUCCCUUUGAAUUGCAAGGAGAAACUGCUACACAACAUGAAACUUUAACUCCAGCUCAAGCUGAAGAACAAAACGAGGUCACAGAAAAUGCUGAUACCCUUGAUGUUCCCAAUGUUACUGAUGACUAUCCAUAUAAAAUCGAGGAAGAAGAAGAUCACACACAGUCACAAACCCAAGAGCAUGCUGUAGAACAUAUGCCAGAGACAGCCAUGCAUGAAGAAGAACAUAAUGAAGAAUAUGGCGAUGUGGUGGAUAAUACCAUGAAUUUUGAUUAUGAGGCUGCCCAACAAGAGCAGGAAGAUCAUUUGGAACAAGAACAUAAUGGUGAAGACCUAGAGAAAGAGCAUGAGGAAAAACUUGAGCACGAACUGGAAGAAGAGCAAGUUGAAAAGCAUGAACAAGAACCAGAAGUUCCAGAAAAACAUGAACAAGAGCCAGAACAUGAGCAGGAAGAACAACAAAUAGUUAGUCAUGAGCAAGAACAAGAGCAUCAGGAAGAACAUGAGACAGAACAAGAUGAAGUAAAGCAUGAGUCAGAAAAUGUGGAAGAUUCUCAACAAGAACAUGAACAAGAUCAUGAGCCUGAACAAGCCCAUGUAGAAAUUCCUGAGCCAGAACAAGAAAAACCAAUUCAUGAAAAUGAACCAGAUCAAGUUCAUGAGGAACAAGAGCAUGAAGAAAAACACGAAUCAGAAUAUGAGCAAGAUCAACAGAAAGUACAGGAACAAGUUCAUGAGCCAGAGCAAGAAGUUCAUGAGCCAGAGCAAGUACAUCUAGAAAUUCCUGAGCCAGUAGAAGAACCACAACAAGAUCUUGAACAACACAAUGAAGUAGAACAGGAGCAAGAGCAUGUGGAGCAUAUUGAACCUGAAAAUGAGCAACAACCACAGCAAGUGCAUGAGUCUGAACAGGAACAUGUGGAAAGUCAUGAAUCGGAAUAUGUACAAGAGCCAGAAAAAGAACAUGAACAAGUCCACAACAAGCUCGAACAGGAACAAGAUCAUGAAGAAAAUGAAUUAUCUUACGAACAAGAACCAGAGAAAGAACAUGAUCCCAAACAGGAACAAGAGUAUGAAGAUAAACAUGAGCAACCGGAGAAGGAGCCAGAGGAAGUUCAGGAGUCGGAAAUAGAACAAGAUCAUGCAGAAAAUCAUGAGCAAGUUCAUGAGACUGAAGAGGAACAUGUAGAACAUCAAGAAUCAGCAUAUGAACAAGAGCCAGAAAAAGUACAAGAACAAGUUCAAGAGUCAGAACAAGAUCAUGUUGAUAAACAUGAUUCAGCAUAUGAGAAAGAGACAGAGGAGGUUCAUGAAACAGAGAAGGAACAAGAGCCUGUAGAUCAUCAGGAACAACCGGAGCCAGAAAAAGAUGUUCAUGAAACAGAACAGGAGCAACAUGAAGAAAAUCAAGAGCCAGAAUCUGAACAAGUACAUCAUCAAGAAGCUGAACAAGAGCUAGAAACUGAGCUAGAACAAAAUCAUGAACUUCAACCAGAGCACAAUGUUGACCAACAAUCCGAUGAAGACCAUGAUGAAGUUAAGGAACAUAAUGAGGAUGAAGAACAACAAGCCGUCGAACAACAUGAUGAACAUAAAGAACAUCAUGAAGAAGAUUCUGUAGAACAACACUUUGUUGAACAAGAAAAUCAUAACGCUGAACAAGAUCAUAUUGCACAACUGGAUCACAUAAUCCCUGAUAAUAAUGAAAUCAACAACAUACCACCCAAACAACAGCAACAACAAGACAGUCAAGAAGAAAGUUUAAAUGAAUCAUUAAAUUUACAAUCAAUAACAAAUGAAAUUCAUCAUGAUCAAACCGAUGAAGUUGUAGAGGAAAAUGAAAGUGUUCAAAAUGAAAAUGAAGCAACCACACAACAACAACAGCCUGAAGCUGUGAUGUUGGCCAAUGAUGAAGUUAUUACCACACAAACGGCUGUACUUGAGGAAGAAGUUAAAAAUGUAGCAGAAGCAGAAAUCGAUUUAAACAAUAGUCAAGAAAAAGAAGAAGAACAACAACAUGAGGCUGCUUCUGCUGUUGCUGAUGAGACUAUUGUCAUUGAUGAACAGCAGAUCGUAGACAAUGAGGAAGAGAAACUUGAAAGCCAACAAAUUGAUGAAAACAAUACUGCGGGCCAAAUAGCUGACACUAGCGCAGAACAGCAAGAAGAAAUGUUGCAAGAAACCACAGAAAAAAUGCCUGAAGUAGAAAACCACACUGAUGGCGAUGCUGAAGACUCCGAUCAUCAAGUGUUUGAAGAUUUCGAAAAUCAACAUGAAGAUAAACAAAAUGAAAUUUCAACCGAACAGCCCAUAGAAACUGACCAAAUUAAUCAAGAUGUUAAUGAUAUUGAACAACAUCAACCUGCUGAAGCAACCGAAGAGGAACAUCAUGAACCAAUCAUAUUAGAUGAGGAACAUUUUGAAGAACAAGCCAUAACUGAGGCCAACAUUGCAGAAGCUCAAGAUCAAAUCGCAGAAGAACAAACUAUUUUAGAAGAAAUUUUACCUAAUGAAUCUCAACAAGUUAUUGAAAGCGAGGAAGAGCAGCCUAUGGAUCAUGAACAAAUUACAGAACAGCCUCAGUAUUUGGAAACUGAGACAGCAACUCAAAUCGCUGAAGAAGAUAAAAAACCCCAGCAAGAAUUCGCGGCGGUUCAGGAAGAUAAUGAAGAACCACAAGAACAUGAAACUUUUACUGAAUCCUCUUUGGAAGAUUUAAAACCCAUUAAUAAUGAAAUUGAUCAGGCUGAUGAUCAUAAAGAAGAAGAUGUAAAAGAAAGCCAUGACAAAAUUCCCCACAUGGAACAUGAAGAAGACAACGCAUCUCUAGAACAAGAAAAUCAACACACUUUAAAUGAAAAUGAAGAAACUCUUGCAGAAAUUCCACAAAAUAAUGAACAACAGGAAGUGAAUCAUGAAAAUGAAGUAAUUGAAAAUGUUGAACAUUUUGAACAUUUUGAAGAGGAUCAUACAACUCAAUAUCAGGAAACUCUAAUGGAAAAUGAAGAAGCUUCGGUAGAAUCAACAACAUUAUCCACAGAAGAUAAUCAGGAACAUGAUAAUGUUAAUACAGAUACCUUGGAACAUGGCAAUGAACAGACUGAAAUUGCUGAAGACUCCAUGGAGACAGCAGAGGAGGCUUUUCAAAAUUUAGAAGAUAAUGAAUCUGUUAAACAACAACAGUCCGAUAAUGAAGAUAAUCAAGAAGAUUAUCAUAAAAUGGAAAUGGAGGUAGAACAAUCGACAGAGAUAAGCGAAGAAGAGCUACAAUUGAAACAUGAAAGUGUAGAAUCUGAACAUGUUGCAGAAUCAGCAGAUAUAAAUAAUGCUGAAGUCGAACCAAUGACCAGUAAUGAAGAAAUUUCACACUUUACCGAAUCAAUUGAAACUGAAUAUGUGCCAUCUGAAACAAAUCAAGACAACGAGCAACAAACUCCUGUAUUAGCUGACAGAAUUGACGACAAUGAAGAGGCUGAAAAUGAGCCUCAAGAAACACAACAACUUGUGGAAACUGAAAAUCAAGAUGCUGCUGCCAAUCAAGACAGCAUUGAGGACAAUGAGGUACCACAAGGUGAACAUACUGAGAGUGAGGAAAAUGUCUAUGACAAUAUGCCAGAAAAUGGCUACUUUACUCAAGAUCAAAUAAUGCCUGAUUUAGUUAGACCUGAUAACGAGGAAUUCAAAGAAAGUGAAUCGAUUAGUGAUAUUUUGAAUAACCUAAUGAAGGAAGAUGUUACCCUACAACCCGAAUAUUCCGGCGACUCCAAUUACAAUGAUCAUCUACAAAAUAUGCAUGAAAGUGAUGUAGCCGACCUUUUAGCCGAGGACACUAACAUCUCUGAAGAAUCGGUUAUGUCACAACAAUUGCCAACUCAGGAUUCGACUGAAGCACCCAUUGAUCCUGAAGAUAAACUUAUUACAUUCUAUCCUGACAUGCAAGAAAUGCAACCCGUACAACAACUGCCCAUUACUAGCCAACAACAGGAGUCUGUUGAACAAGAAGAAGCUUCGGGUGAUGAUGAGAAAUCCCCUGUACAAGACAAUGAAAUCGAAAAGACUGAAGAACACCAUACCUUAUCUCCCUUAGAUCUGCCCUUCGAUACCUCGGUCGAUUAUGAGCCACAACAAUUUGAGGCCGACAAUUUGGUGGUAGAAACCACAACUACCACACCCAAUGACUUGAAGUUGGAAGAGAAUAACGAGCAAGCUGAAAGCACUACCUCAGCAGCAGUUAUGGAGGAGUUGACUACACAAACUAUGUUGAAUUUGGCCAGUCGUGUUACCCUUAUGGAACCGGCAGCUCCCAUAGCAACCACCCUAAGACCUUUAAUGUCCUUGAAUGCUAAUGAUGAAGUGACAGCCGAACCUUCUAUUGAUGCUCCCAUUAUGGAAAGUCUACUGACUACAAAGCCCACCACAGAAAUUCGUAAACGUGUUGAAUUGAGUUUGGAAGCUGUCUCUUUGAGUCUUUCCUGCUCCAACGAUAAACAAUGUCAAUUGGCCGAUCCUAAUACGGUUUGUAGUGCUCGUGGUGUUUGUGAUUGCGCCGCUAAUUCUUACUCCGCUCAUGUCCAAAACGAUGCUUCGUCGGCUCAAUGUGGUGCUGAGAGAACUGGCUGUGCUCCUGGUACAUUCCAAUGUCGCUCCAGUGGUGUUUGCAUAUCAUGGUUCUUUGUUUGUGAUGGCCGCUCUGACUGUAAUGAUGCUUCCGAUGAAGAGUGUACUUUCAAUGCUCGUCUCAAUCAAACCUGUCCCAGUGAAGCCUUCCAGUGUGGUCAAAGUGGACGUUGUAUCUCCAGGGCGGCUCUGUGUGAUGGUCGCAGACAGUGUCCACAUGGUGAAGACGAAAUUGGCUGUAAUGUGUUGAAGUCAGAAGACUCCUGUCCUCCACACACUUUCCGCUGCAAGAGUGGUGAAUGUUUGCCGGAAUAUGAAUACUGUAAUGCCAUUAUAUCGUGCCGUGAUGGCAGUGAUGAACCACCACAUUUGUGUGGCUCGCGUUCAAUGCCCAAUUUCUUUUUACAACUUUUAACCGCUGGUGGUUUGAUGAAUAAGAAUAUUGAUAGCAAUGCCUAUUGUCCACACAGAUGUAGCAAUGGCAGAUGUCGUUCAACGGCCAUAGUGUGCUCGGGACGUGAUGGUUGUGGUGAUGGUACUGAUGAGCAAACCUGUUCAGUGUGUAGAUGCCCUGCCGUUACCCUGGAUAGACCUGCCAUCAAUGUAUCCGAAUUUUUGGCCAGACAUCGUCCCAUGCCUUUGUGGUAGACUGUUUAUUACUGUCUUUCCCCUGAUUAUGAUUGACUUAUCUUAUAAAUUUGCUCCUUUUAAAACAUUUUUCUAGUUAUAGGUUUAUUUAUUCUACAUCUUU